GGCGCGCCCUGUGCUGCGCACCCCGUCCCGCCAUGAGCGCCGCGCAGCUGAGGGCGGCCGCGCAGGCGGCCCCGCGCUCCGUGCACGCCUUCUCGGCGCGCCCGCUGGCCGGCGGCGAGCCCCUGAGCCUGGGCUCCCUGCGCGGCAAGGUGCUGCUCAUCGAGAACGUGGCGUCGCUCUGAGGCACCACCGUCCGCGACUACACGCAGAUGAACGAGCUGCAGCGGCGCCUGGGCCCGCGGGGGCUGGUGGUGCUGGGCUUCCCGUGCAACCAGUUCGGGCACCAGGAGAACGCCAAGAACGAGGAGAUCCUGAACUGCCUCAAGUACGUGCGGCCCGGCGGCGGGUUCGAGCCCAACUUCCCGCUGUUCGAGAAGUGCGAGGUGAACGGCGCGCAGGCGCACCCGCUCUUCGCCUUCCUGCGCGAGGCGCUGCCCGCGCCCAGCGACGACCCCGCCCCGCUCAUGACCGACCCCAAGUUCGUCGUCUGGUCGCCCGUGUCCCGCAACGACGUGUCCUGGAACUUCGAGAAGUUCCUGGUGGGCGCGGACGGCGUGCCCGUGCGCCGCUACAGCCGCCGCUUCCCCACCAUCGACAUCGAGCCCGACAUCGAGGCGCUGCUGGCCCAGGCGCCCGCCUCCGCCUAGGCCCCCGCCCGGCGGCCCCGGGGGGUUUGUCCAUGAAGGUGUUGCUCUAAACCUCACGGAGGAACGCCCGAUGCCCAGCUAACCCCCCGAUGGGCCCUGUCCUGCCCGCCCCUGCCCCCCCACCCCCAUCCAUGGCUUUUCCCAAUAAACGUCCGGUGUCAGCGGAGCUCUG